AUGAAGACCACCAGCCUCCUUGCGGCAGCCCUGAGCGGCGCAUCCGUCGCCUCUGCCCACACCAUCUUCCUCCAGCUCAAGGCCGGCGGCACGACCAACCCCAUCGGCUACGGCAUCCGGACGCCGUCCUACGACGGGCCCAUCACCGACGUCACCUCCAACGACGUCGUCUGCAACGGCGGGCCCAACCCGACCACCCCGUCCGACAAGAUCAUCGACGUCAAGGCCGGCGAGACCGUCACCGCCAUCUGGCGCCACACCCUGACCUCUGGACCCAGCGACGUCAUGGACGCCAGCCACAAGGGUCCCACGAUCGCGUACAUGAAGAAGGUGGACAACGCCGUCCAGGACUCUGGUAUCGGCGGUGGAUGGUUCAAGAUCCAGGAGGACGGAUACAACAACGGCGUCUGGGGCACGAGCAAGGUCAUUGAGAAUGGCGGCAACCACGCCAUCACGAUCCCCAGCUGCAUCCCCGACGGCCAGUACCUGCUCCGUGCCGAGAUGAUCGCGCUGCAUGCCGCCAGUGGAAGUGGCGGUGCCCAGCUUUAUAUGGAGUGCGCCCAGAUCCGCGUCUCUGGCGGCUCCGGCUCGGCCCCGUCCAAGACCUACAGCCUCCCCGGCAUCUACAAGGCCACCGACCCGGGCAUCCUCAUCAACAUCUACAGCAUGACGCCCAGCAGCAAGUACGUCAUCCCCGGCCCGGAGCUGUUCACCUGCGGCGCCAACGGCGGCGGCGGCAACCCACCCGCCCAGUCCACGACGCUCGCCACCUCGACCAAGCCAGCCGAGCCGACCAACGGCGGCGGCGGUGGCUGCACGGCGCAGAAGUGGGCUCAGUGCGGCGGCAUCGGCUUCACCGGCUGCACCACGUGCGUCAGCGGGUCGACGUGCCAGAAGUCGGGCGAUUACUACUCGCAGUGCGUGUAG